AUGACUGCAAACGAGAUGGAUAAGGCCGGUCCCUUGGAGAAAGACCAUGUCGAGUUCUCCAUUGCAUCCAAGAACACAAUGGAAUAUGUUGAGCCCAAGGGUGACUACUCUGGGGCCACGCAGAAAACAGAUCCAGUCGAGAUUCGGCUAGUUCGCAAGCUUGAUCGUCGCAUUCUUCCGAUUCUCUGGGCGAUGUACUUCCUCAACUACCUAGACAGAAACACUUUGCCGCAAGCUCGACUCAACACUCUGGAAGCAGACUUAAACUUGAAAGGCGUGGAAUAUAAUACAGCUAUUUCAAUUCUCUUUGUUGGGUACAUCCUCAUGCAGGUCCCUAGCAACAUGUUCCUUACCAAGACUAAACCGCGCAUCUACCUCUCUGUCUGCAUGAUGGGUUGGGCCACGGUGUCUGCAUGCACUGCAGUUGUACAGAAUUACCAAGGCUUAGUCGCCUGCCGGUUUCUUCUCGGGUUUGUGGAGGCACCCUACUAUCCCGGGGCCUUGUAUCUGCUCUCGAUCUUCUAUACGCGCAAGGAGCUUGCCACACGUAUCUCCCUGUUAUAUACCGGGCAGGUGCUCUCCACGGGCUGCUCUGGUUUGAUAGCUGCGGCGUGCUUCUCCACGCUUGAUGGCGUCCACGGCAUCGCUGGCUGGCGCUGGCUAUUCAUCAUUGAAGGUGUUGUGACCUUUGGAGUAGCCGUUCUUGGGGCAUUCCUCCUCUGCGACGACCCCUCUGAGACCAAAUGGCUCACAGAGGAAGAACGCUCUCUGGCCGUCGCUCGCAUCAAGAAAGACACCGUCGGCAACCAAGGUCGCGCUUCCGUCUGGUCGGGUCUCCGUCAAGCCUGUACCGAUCCCAAAAUGUGGCUGUUCGUCGCGAUGCAGAACCUCCAUCUUUCAGCCUGCUCGUUCAACAACUUCUUUCCCACAAUUAUCGCAUCCUUGGGCUUCAAGAGCAAACUCGCCGCUUUGCUCCUCACGGCCCCUCCAUACUUCGUCGCGGGCUUGCUGGGCAUCCCAUUUGCAUGGUCAUCGGGGAAGUUCAACGAGCGCACAUGGCACAUCACCGCGGGUCUCGGACUGGCCGUCGUGGGCUUCACCAUGUCGUGCUCGACUAUGACUACCUCGGUGCGCUACGCAUCGACCUUCCUCUACGCUACGGGCGCGUACUCGACGCCGGAGAAGAAAUCUGUCAGCUACGGCAUCGUCAACAGCUUCGCUAACCUAUCGUACGUCUACACGGCUUACCUGUGGCCCAGCUCCGACUCUCCUAGGUACUUAACUGGCUUCGCUGCCAUGCUCGCUUUCUCCGUCGGCAGCAUCAUCUGUGCCUGGGCUAUGAGAGUCUGGCUCAUGGCUAUCAAUAGGAAGAUUCGGAGGAGCGAGGAUGAGCAUCAGGUCUUUUAUGCUUAUUGA